GGAGACAGGAGGCCCUGGGGUGGGCUAGUCUCCUGGGCUGGGGAUGCUGGGCAGAUGUGGAAGCAGCUGGAAAGGUGGCUCUGCAGUUGGGUCGCUGGAGCUGCGCUGUUCCUAGGAGACGGAGGAGCAGCAAGCCUGCGGGGGGAGGGGGAGCAAGUGGGUUGCUGCUUUUAGCAGCUGAAAGGACUGCAGGGAGCUCUGGGUAAGACGUUUGCUGCUGCUGCUGCUGCUUCUGCGGUAGAAGCUGCCGCGAGUAAGUCAGAGGAAGGAGGAUCGAGAGGGAGGAGGCUUCGUUUGCAGCCAUGCUGAAUCACUGUUGCUGAUCAGAUCUCCCGCUGGUUGGCUGGAAGAACUGAGAACAGAGCUAGGAUCCUCUGAGGCUUAUGCAAAGCUCAGCGGCUACCACCCCGGCUGGGCCUCACACAAUGGAGGGUGAAAGCAUCAAGCCGAGCUCCCAGCCGCCGAUACAGCCUGGGGAAGACGAAAAGAACCAAAGGACGGUCACUGUCAACCCCGCCCACAUGGGGAAGGCGUUCAAGGUUAUGAAUGAACUGCGGAGCAAACAGCUGUUGUGUGACGUGAUGAUUGUGGCAGAAGAUGUCGAGAUAGAAGCCCACCGUGUGGUCCUGGCAGCCUGCAGCCCCUACUUCUGUGCAAUGUUCACAGGUGACAUGUCUGAGAGUAAAGCCAAGAAGAUAGAGAUCAAGGAUGUGGAUGGGCAGACGCUGAGUAAGCUGAUUGACUACAUCUACACGGCUGAGAUUGAGGUGACCGAAGAGAACGUCCAGGUGCUGCUCCCAGCAGCCAGCUUGUUGCAGCUCAUGGAUGUUCGCCAGAACUGCUGUGACUUCCUGCAGUCUCAGUUGCAUCCCACCAAUUGCCUGGGCAUCCGUGCAUUUGCAGAUGUGCACACCUGUACCGACCUUCUGCAGCAGGCCAACGCUUAUGCAGAGCAGCACUUUCCAGAGGUGAUGCUGGGGGAAGAAUUUCUUAGCCUAAGUCUGGACCAGGUGUGCAGCUUGAUAUCCAGUGACAAGCUGACCGUUUCUUCAGAAGAGAAGGUAUUUGAAGCUGUGAUUUCAUGGAUCAAUUAUGAGAAAGAAACCCGUUUAGAGCACAUGGCAAAGCUGAUGGAACACGUCCGUCUCCCUCUCUUACCGAGAGAUUACCUGGUGCAGACAGUUGAAGAAGAAGCUUUGAUAAAGAAUAACAACACCUGUAAGGACUUCCUCAUCGAGGCCAUGAAAUACCAUCUGCUCCCUCUGGAUCAGAGGCUCUUGAUUAAAAACCCAAGGACCAAGCCUAGGACUCCAGUCAGCCUGCCCAAGGUCAUGAUCGUGGUUGGUGGCCAAGCACCCAAGGCGAUCCGCAGUGUGGAGUGCUAUGAUUUCGAGGAGGACCGGUGGGACCAGAUUGCCGAGCUUCCCUCCAGGAGAUGCAGAGCAGGUGUAGUGUUCAUGGCUGGCCAUGUGUACGCCGUGGGCGGGUUUAAUGGCUCUCUGCGCGUGCGGACCGUGGACGUGUAUGAUGGGGUGAAGGACCAGUGGACAUCCAUCGCCAGCAUGCAGGAGCGCCGGAGCACGCUGGGCGCUGCUGUGCUCAACGACCUGCUCUACGCCGUGGGAGGCUUUGAUGGCAGUACUGGCCUGGCGUCAGUGGAAGCCUACAGCUACAAGACCAACGAGUGGUUCUUCGUGGCCCCAAUGAACACGCGACGUAGCAGUGUGGGUGUGGGCGUCGUGGAGGGGAAGCUCUAUGCCGUCGGCGGUUACGAUGGGGCGUCCCGCCAGUGCCUGAGCACCGUGGAGCAGUACAACCCCGCCACCAAUGAGUGGACGUACGUGGCGGACAUGAGCACUCGCCGCAGUGGCGCAGGGGUUGGGGUCCUCAGUGGGCAGCUGUAUGCCACAGGCGGGCACGAUGGGCCCUUGGUGAGGAAGAGUGUCGAGGUUUACGAUCCUGGAACAAACACCUGGAAGCAGGUGGCAGAUAUGAACAUGUGCCGGCGCAAUGCAGGGGUCUGUGCAGUGAAUGGGCUCCUGUAUGUGGUUGGAGGGGACGACGGAUCCUGUAACUUGGCUUCGGUGGAGUACUACAAUCCUGUCACUGACAAGUGGACACUGCUGCCAACCAACAUGAGCACAGGGCGGAGCUACGCAGGCGUUGCUGUGAUUCACAAGCCUUUGUGACCCCAACUCCCACUGCCAGGAGGUGGAGGAAGGGAGGGCUGCUGCCUGUGACUCAGAACAGCGGGACCAGAAGCCUGGAUGCCACUGCUGCCGGAGUCUGCAGUGGAGCGAGAGCCACCCUCCUCCAACUUGGCAGAGUUCUCUGGGCAGAAAGACCGUGGCCCGCCUCCUGCUCCCAUGAGGUGUUUUGUCCUCUGCCCUGAGCAGUCCUCUGCACCUCUGAGGGUCUUUUGGUAUUUCUACAGGGACACCCGAGAACCUGGAACUUGUGUGUGUGUGCGUGUGUGUGUGUGUUUGCGUGCACGCGUGCAUAUGUGUGUGUGCAUGCAGAUCGUGACGUUUCACUAAGCCGGGGGUGGUGCUGGUCUGCUCCAUUUCUGUACUACUGAUCCUUCAGCUUUGCUAAAAAUCGAAUCACAGAAACUGCUCUUCUGGAUUUGCCCCGCGGGGACCUUGAGACUACCAAAGCUGCUGCCUACUGGAAGAGCAGUUGUCAGACUGGGAAUGUCUGGGGAUGACGGGUGAGGGGACAGUGCUCUGACCAGGCCCGCAUACCAGCCUAGACUACUGGCACUGUCCGCAGAAGAAUGGGCAUUCUCGGAGCUUCCCCAUGGUCUCUGUGCGCUAGAACUAGGAACCACCGGUUCCCCGGCUCCUCGGCCGCGGCUCUUCCUUGGGUUCGCCUCUUGGAAGUUCUCCAGUCUCCAGGCUCCUGGUCUUUGACGUCAUGGGUUCCAGGUUCGGGAGACUUUGUAUCUCUUCGGUUGGGAAAACUAGCUCUUCAGAGAAGCAUUGAGUAGCACACUGGAUUAAAAAAAAAAAAACAAACCAUGAAAAACAAAAAAGAUGAAACAGAGGGGUAAGGCUUCAGCCUCUGCCUGGAAUAGUCCCAGAGAGGAUCCUCUACCUAGGUUUUACCAGGAUAGGCCUGUCCCUGUUUAUACCUCUUAUCCAGGUGUGAUUAUUCAGAGCGGCCUCUUUUACUCUCACAGCUAUUCUGGUUUGGAGGAUAAGUGAGAGGUCACCCCACUUCCAAACUCAAAGAUCGGUUUGUCCCUGCCCUGGAUGGGGUCCGGCAUGCUUCGCGUGGACAUGGACGAUGUCACAGGCACGGAGGGGCUGGGGCUGCCCUCGCAGUCUGUGACGAGGGCCCGGUGUGUCUGACAUCCUCGUCUUCCUUUCCUUGGGCUCUCCCCCAUCCCAGGGCCUGCGCUGCCCCACAAGGGAGGACAUGGUGGUAGGCCCCGGCUGUAUGAUCUCUCCCAGGGCUACCUGCACUUUGAGAGAGGAGCUUGAUGAAAGCUUAGCUAAUUCAUAGGUAAAAAUGAUUACUGACAGAUCUUCAGACACCUGGAGGCGGGUAUUUGAGGGCACAUGGGGUCAUUUGCUUUAAAAAGAAAAUAGAAACUUCAAGCUGUGCUUUUCCCAAACCAGCUAGUUGUCUGUGUUGGAACUUCCAGCGUAAGGAGGGGCAGUCUUAUGUCUGGAGAAGAGUCUCACACCAGGGGCCGGGGUUUAACCCUCCCGGAUGUCAGGGUCCACCUUGAGGGGGCAAAGGGGCUUUAUGAACUCUGACGCUGGACUUCGGACACAGUGGGGCUACUUCAAGCAGGGUCAGCGGGAGACUGGCGUUCUCCCCACCUGACCCAAAGUCAGAAACCCAGGCCUCUCCCUGGAGAGCUGGCCGCUUUGUGUAUUUACUGUGUAUUUAUUGUCACGAAACACUCAACUCUUCUGAGGAGAAAGAAGCCUUUCCUUCUGAUGUUGAGCAGGCGUUAUUUCAGCGAGACAUUUGGAGGACACCAGCUUUGGUGGACCUGGAAAAGCAGCUGGGAAAGGGAUGGCUGUGAGUUGGGCACUCUGCUCUCACCUGGCACAGACGGGACUGGGGCUUCAGGAUCGGAAGCUGAUGGAAUGUGUUUUUGUUCCAGAUGUUCUUCCUCCCUCUCACAGUGUGUUGUGUGUGUGUGUGUCUCGGGAUGAACCUGGGGGUUGGAAGCUGCGUCGUGCAUCACACAGCUCCUAAUUUUAGAUGCAAAGUGAAGGCCCCUCUCCUCCCCCAGCACCUGGAAGGUGAAUUUUCCUGCUCAUGUGGGGGAGACUCUUGUUUGUGUGUCAUCUUCCCAGAAAGGCUCCCUCUCCAAGAGCUAGCCAGCCUGUUAGCCACUUUGAGGUUUCCGCUCUGGGCCCCACCUCUCCCGUCUCCCUUCCCAGGAAGCACUGCUCUGCUGGCCGUGCUACCGAGGCCAUAUUCAUUUCAUCCUCUCGUGUCCUUUCUCACGGGGAUGAAAACACUGGUACGUUGUCAGAAAAGCCAGUUUGCUCUAGCUGCCCACAGAUGCCAUGCAAAACCUGCUCUCUCUUUAUCACCAGGUACGAUUCUCUCUCCACAGUGGGCACAACAGACUUAUUUGCAAGUCUGUGCUGGUCAUGUGGUAGGUGAGCCGCCCCCCGCCCCCCAUUCUGGUAGCCCUCAACUGCUUGUGAAUGCAGCUUUGCCAGUGGGGUAUCUGAAAUCUGGUCACAGCGAUGAAAUGGAAUUGCGGCCCAAGGUUAUAAGCAGCUUAGACGCCACUUGGAUACUGAUUUGGACAACAGAGAAGUCAGACUCUGAAUCCCAAAGUUAUUUCUCAAAAGUACCCAGUGGCACCUCUCCAUCUGAAAAGUUGCAGAUCAUGCAAAUGAAAGUGACCUCAUUUUCUGCUAUGCAAUAAGAAUACCUAAUUCUGUUUCAUGACAAACUAGUUGCAAUACCCUCUAAGAUGCUUUUUGAGCUGUCUUACUUUGAUAUCUGUUGUGUAAUGUUUGUAUAUUCCUGAGCCAGAUCCUUUCGAAGAUUGCCUUUUUAUAAAACUGAAGCUAUAGCUUUCAGGCUAAAAUUUUAACGUAGCUACUAUUUUUAUAAAAUAAUUUUUCAGGUUAUUUGAAUUGCUUCUUAUUGUCCAUGAUAAUGAAAUGUUAUGUUCUAUGCGUCAUUCACUGUCAAACAUAGUUCACGCCUGUAGCUCUCUUCCCUCUGUUUCUCACCCUCCUCAGACUCACUUCUCAGUUGCUCCAGGUAAAUGAGACUUUUUUGACUUGCAGUCUUCUUUCUUGCACCAUAUUCAAGGGAGAUUACUGAAAAACACAAUCACUGGUCUUUCUUGAAUCGCUUAGGAACUAACUUGAGCACUUGCCAUCCAUGUCGCCUGCGUCCUUUUUUGGAGUCCCCUUGAGGCAGGGGUGGGGCUGGUGGGCCUGUCUCCUGGCGGUGCUUGUGGCCGGGCUCGGAGCCCAUACCCUGCGGCAUGGAGAAGCCUCAGGGAGAGGCCUGCCCUCCAGCACCAACUCUGGGAGUUUCCUAGGUCCGGCUGAUGCAUCUUCAUUCUUAUCCAUCUCUAUGUCUUUCUGAAGCUUCUAGCAGCCACGGCUUUUGCUGCUGGAUGAUGUCUCUCUCAGAAGCAUCUUGUCUGUGAACUUUAAAAGAGGGGUCACAUCCUCACCAAGAAUGCGUUAAGCAUGUGCUUUGCAGUUGCUUUUUCUAUACUUACAGUGUAUUUCUUGAGCUAUGUCUGCACUCCAGGCCCUAUUUUGUGUGUUUAUCUGCCCUUUCAUCUCGUUUUAAAAAGCUGUGUUUUCACGGGGAUGGUGCCUCUGAAUCGCCUCCAUGCUCCCCCUUUGCUCCUUGACGGAUCACGUUGGGAAGCUGAGCACACUCAUCAUCCAGUUGGCUGGAGGUUUUCUCUUUGCCUGGAGAAGCAAGGCGUUUGGAAUGUAUUUUUUUUUUUUUGGAAUGUUUGCACUAUUUAGAGUCCUAAGCCCCUCAUGUUCAGCUGUGCUAUGUGUCUACUGACCAAGCAGGAGAGCGGGCAGCACCUCUGACACUUGGGAGUGUCCGAGGUAGCUUCCAUAGAGGAGAAGCACAACCUCAUGGCCCCUCUGUGGCCUUUGUCGUGAGGCUCAGUAACUUGAUGUGGCAUCAGCCGAGGUAGCAACGCCUGGGACUGUGGCAUUUGUGGAAGCAAAUUGCCCUCGUGCUAUGUUCUUGCCUUUGGUUGUGAGAUUUCAAAUUAUUUCCCCCCCUUUUUUUUUCAGUGGCAAUAAGGACCCUUGGACUUGUUGUUUAAUUUGUAUAUGAUGUGUACAGAGACACUGAAUGUGUUUGUGUGUGCGGGUGCCAUGUCCGUGUGGUGGUCCAUAGGCAGGCAGACUCGACCCCGACACCUCGGACACAGCGUGGCGUACAUAAGCCGCGUCCUCGGUCUGCCCUGCUCGGCUCAGAUGGCAGGGCCGGCGGAGCGUGUGGAACUCUUGUCACUUGCUCGAUCUGGUAUAGUGCCAGCUGAACGGACAGUUCCCCAAGUGUGUUCUUCUAACGGGAAUCGUGGUCUAGUUUCCCAUACUUCAUGUUCCUUUACUUUUAAUAAAAGCUGAACUGUGAGAACCUU